AUGCUGGGGACCAACCGACCUGUGGCUGCGGCGGAGCGCGGAGCCGCCUGGGCCGAUGCUGCUACCAGCUUUCUGAGGGCAGCCAGAUCAGGUAACCUAGACAAAGCUUUGGAUCACCUGCGGAAUGGAGUAGAUAUUAACACCUGUAACCAGAAUGGGUUGAACGGCCUGCAUCUAGCCUCUAAAGAAGGCCAUGUGAAAAUGGUGGUAGAGCUUCUGCACAAAGAAAUCGUUUUAGAAACAACAACCAAGAAGGGGAACACAGCCCUACACAUCGCCGCCCUCGCUGGUCAGAAUGAGGUGGUCCGGGAGCUGGUCAACUAUGGCGCCAACGUCAACGCCCAGUCGCAGAAAGGCUUUACACCCCUGUACAUGGCAGCACAAGAGAAUCACUUGGAAGUGGUAAAGUUUUUACUGGAAAAUGGAGCUAAUCAGAAUGUUGCCACAGAAGAUGGCUUCACUCCCCUCGCUGUAGCUUUGCAGCAGGGCCACGAGAAUGUGGUGGCACACCUCAUCAACUAUGGGACGAAGGGGAAGGUUCGCCUUCCCGCCUUGCACAUUGCGGCCCGAAACGAUGACACCCGGACAGCUGCGGUGCUUCUGCAGAAUGACCCCAACCCAGACGUGCUUUCCAAGACGGGAUUUACCCCACUUCACAUUGCAGCUCACUAUGAGAACCUCAACGUGGCCCAGUUACUCCUCAACCGCGGAGCCAGUGUCAACUUCACACCACAGAACGGCAUCACGCCGCUGCAUAUUGCUUCCCGCAGAGGCAACGUGAUCAUGGUGCGGCUCCUGCUGGACCGGGGGGCCCAGAUAGAAACAAGGACCAAGGAUGAAUUGACACCUCUCCACUGUGCAGCUCGGAAUGGGCAUGUGCGAAUCUCAGAGAUCCUGUUGGACCAUGGGGCGCCCAUCCAGGCCAAAACCAAGAACGGCUUGUCCCCAAUUCACAUGGCGGCUCAGGGAGACCAUCUCGACUGUGUCCGACUUCUAUUGCAAUACAAUGCAGAAAUAGAUGACAUCACCCUGGACCACCUGACUCCACUCCACGUUGCAGCCCACUGUGGUCAUCACCGAGUGGCCAAGGUCCUUUUGGAUAAAGGGGCCAAACCAAACUCCAGAGCCCUGAAUGGCUUCACCCCCUUACACAUUGCCUGCAAGAAGAACCAUAUCCGUGUCAUGGAGCUGCUGCUGAAGACCGGAGCCUCAAUCGACGCCGUCACAGAGUCCGGCCUGACACCUCUCCAUGUGGCUUCCUUCAUGGGGCACCUUCCCAUUGUCAAGAACCUCCUGCAGCAGGGAACAUCUCCGAAUGUCUCCAACGUGAAAGUGGAGACCCCAUUACACAUGGCAGCCAGAGCAGGACACACAGAAGUGGCCAAAUAUUUGCUCCAGAACAAAGCCAAAGUCAAUGCCAAGGCCAAGGAUGAUCAGACCCCGCUUCAUUGUGCAGCUCGCAUCGGCCACACAAACAUGGUGAAGCUCCUGCUAGAAAACAAUGCCAACCCCAACCUGGCCACCACCGCUGGGCACACCCCUCUGCACAUUGCAGCCCGAGAGGGCCACGUGGAAACAGUCUUGGCCCUUCUGGAAAAGGAAGCAUCCCAGGCCUGCAUGACCAAGAAAGGAUUUACCCCUCUUCAUGUGGCGGCUAAGUACGGGAAGGUCAGGGUGGCAGAGGUGCUGCUGGAACGGGAUGCACAUCCAAACGCUGCUGGAAAAAAUGGCUUGACCCCUCUGCAUGUGGCUGUACAUCACAACAACCUGGACAUUGUCAAGCUGCUGCUUCCCAGGGGCGGCUCCCCACACAGUCCUGCUUUGAAUGGCUACACUCCUUUGCACAUCGCUGCCAAGCAGAACCAGAUGGAAGUUGCCCGCAGCCUGCUGCAGUAUGGGGGGUCAACAAAUGCGGAGUCGGUACAAGGAGUGACACCUCUCCACCUGGCUGCCCAGGAGGGUCAUGCAGAAAUGGUUACUCUACUCCUUUCCAGACAAGCCAGGGGCAACCUGGGGAACAAGAGUGGACUCACUCCCCUCCAUCUGGUCGCACAAAAAGGACACUUUCCAGUGGCGGACGUGCUGAUCAAACACGGUGUCACAGUGGAUGCCACCACCAGGAUGGGAUACACACCUCUCCAUGUGGCCAGUCAUUAUGGAAAUAUCAAGCUGGUGAAGUUUCUGCUACAGCACCAGGCCGAUGUCAAUGCCAAGACCAAGCUAGGAUACAGCCCCUUGCACCAGGCAGCUCAACAAGGACAUACAGACAUUGUGACUCUUCUUCUAAAAAAUGGUGCUUCCCCAAACGAGGUCAGCUCGAAUGGAACCACACCUCUGGCAAUAGCCCAGCGCCUGGGCUAUAUUUCUGUAACCGACGUACUCAAGGUUGUCACGGAUGAAACUAGUAUGGUGUUACUCAGUGACAAGCACCGGAUGAGUCUUCCUGAGACAGUAGAUGAGAUUAUGGAUGUCUCUGAAGAUGAAGGGGAAGAAAUUGUUGGCUCCAAAGCUGAGAAGCAAGAUUCCAGAGAAGCGGAUGAAGAGAAGGAGCUGCUGGAGUUUGUGCCUAAGCUAGACCAAGUUCCAGUGAAGCUGAGAACUGACGCCGGCAGUUCUGGCUCUGAGGCCCAUGUUCUCAUCACCAUAACCCCUGAACGCCUGCUCUCCACACACAUAUGGAUACAGUGGGUCACUGUGCUAGAGAGGAAGCCCAACCUGAGGCAGGCAUUUAAGGAAUAUGAUGAAGACUCACUCAUCCCCAGCAGCCCGGCCACAGAGACCUCAGACAACAUCAGCCCAGUGGCCAGCCCAGUCCACACAGGGUUUUUGGUGAGCUUCAUGGUUGAUGCCCGGGGAGGCUCCAUGAGAGGAAGUCGCCACAAUGGACUGAGAGUGGUGAUCCCACCUCGGACCUGUGCUGCCCCCACGCGCAUCACCUGCCGCCUGGUCAAACCCCAGAAGCUGAGCACACCGCCUCCCCCGCUGGCUGAGGAGGAGGGCCUGGCCAGCAGGAUCAUUGCACUAGGGCCCACAGGUGUUCAGUUCUUGAGUCCGGUGAUCGUGGAGAUCCCCCACUUUGCUUCGCAUGGCCGUGGGGACCGAGAACUGGUGGUUCUGAGGAGUGAAAAUGGCUCCAUAUGGAAGGAACAUAGGAGCCGCUAUGAAGAAAGUUACCUGGACCAGCUCCUCAAUGGGAUGGAUGAAGAGCUGGGCAGCCUGGAGGAGCUGGAGAAGAAGAGAGUCUGCCGCAUCAUCACCACCGACUUCCCCUUGUACUUCGUGAUCAUGUCCCGGCUCUGCCAGGACUUCGACACCAUCGGCCCUGAAGGGGGCUCCCUGAAGAGCAAGUUGGUCCCCCUGGUGCAGGCGACGUUCCCAGAAAAUGCUGUCACCAAGAGCGUGAAGUUGGCUUUGCAGGCCCAGCCUGUACCUGAUGAGCUAGUCACCAAACUUCUGGACAAUCAGGCCACCUUCAGCCCCAUUGUCACCGUGGAGCCACGGCGCCGGAAGUUCCACCGCCCCAUAGGGCUUCGGAUCCCGCUUCCACCGUCAUGGACAGACAACCCUCGGGACAGCGGCGAGGGGGACACCACCAGCCUGCGCCUGCUCUGCAGUGUUAUUGGUGGAACAGAUCAAGCCCAGUGGGAAGAUAUAACAGGCACAACCAAGCUGGUGUAUGCCAAUGAGUGUGCCAACUUCACCACCAAUGUCUCUGCCAGGUUUUGGCUGUCAGACUGUCCUCGUACUGCUGAGGCUGUGAACUUUGCCACUCUGCUGUACAAGGAGCUUACGGCAGUGCCCUACAUGGCCAAGUUUGUCAUCUUUGCCAAAAUGAACGACCCCCGAGAAGGGCGGCUGCGCUGCUACUGCAUGACGGAUGAUAAGGUGGACAAGACUCUGGAGUAUCAUGAGAACUUUGUCGAGGUGGCCCGGAGCAGGGACAUCGAGGUUUUGGAAGGAAUGCCCCUAUUUGCAGAACUCUCCGGGAACCUGGUACCAUUCAAAAAAGCUGCCAAGCAGCGGAGCUUCCACUUCCAGUCCUUUCGUGAGAACCGUUUGGCCAUUCCUGUAAAGGUGCGGGACAGCAGUCGAGAACCAGGAGGGUCCUUAUUGUUUCUGCGCAAGGCGAUGAAGUACGAGGACACCCAGCACAUUCUCUGCCACUUGAACAUCACCAUGCCCCCUUAUACCAAGGUGAGCUGCUCCGAUGAGAGGAGGUCUUUGACACCACUAGCCCUGAGAUACAGCAUUCUUAGCGAAUCCACUCUGGGUUCUCUCAGUGGGACAGACCAAGCAGACAUGAAAAUGAGUAUUAUAUCAGAGCAUCUUGGCCUCAGUUGGGCAGAGUUGGCCCGGGAGCUGCAGUUCAGUGUGGAAGACAUCAACAGGAUCCGUGUGGAAAAUCCCAAUUCCUUAUUGGAACAGAGUGCAGCCUUGUUGAACCUCUGGGUCAUCCGUGAAGGAGAAAAUAUAAAGAGUCAGUACCCUUAA